AUGGAUAUUGACCCACCAGGCUCAAAUUUCCUUGGACAACAUACACGGGUAUCACACGGUUUCAUCAAGCAUGAGGAUCAGGAUCUUCAAGAUCUAAUUAAGAGCUCCCUUGCAUUCACCUGGAGCUUUGUCCUGCCUAAUCACGAAGGAAAAGUUAAUGAGAAAGCAGCUAGACUGAAUUCGGACAGUGGCAAACACUGCACAGCUUCCAAUCAACCACAAGAUACAAACACUCCUGAACUCAAGGCGGAUCUUAUUCAGUUCUGGAAUCACAAAUUGAUAGGAAAAGACAUUCUUGCAAUAUCUCCAACUCCAGCGUCUGGAAAGAUCAAAUCAGGAGCUGAUGUGUUCUUAGAAGAAAGGUGCAAAGUCAAAGAACAAGAUAUGGACAAGGACGACAAGGGGAAUGAGGAGAAUGAGGACGGCUCAGAAGAAUAUCAAGAUCCUGGACAAGAUCAAGAUGAAGAGUGA